AUGAGCCCUCCUUCUCCCAAGAAGAAAAUCGGCGGCAAUGCUUCUGGGCCACGACAAAUCCGCUUUGUCGCUACCGACGGCCAACCCCAAACCAAGCGCCGCCGGGUCAACGCGGCCUGUUUAACAUGCCGCCGGCGCAAGAUUCGAUGUUCGGGAGAACAACCAGUCUGCAAGACAUGCUCUGACUAUAAGCAUGUCUGCCUCGGCUACACUGAUUCUACUGCUCACUUGCGAUCCCAAUCCGACUCCGCGUCCCGCAUCCCAGCGACCCUUCCCCUCGCCGGCUCCAAAGAAGCCAGCCAGCGGGUCGCAAGGGCGGUCGAGAGCUGUUCCCCGGAGCCCCCACCGACAUCCCCCCCCAGAGUCAACCCCGACAAGUCCCCGCAAGUACCGAAACCGCCAGAAAUCAAAACUGGUUCCUCAAAAGAUAAUGCCUCGGCGCGCGUACACAAAGAGUCGGAUCCGCAAGCGGCGGGUGAUAGUCCAGAAAGCUGUCGUACCUCCGUGAGCUCCAGCAACCGCACCCAUGUCCCGUAUUUUAGAUAUUUUGGCCCGACUGCCAUCGUGCCGGGUUUCAAACAAAUGGUUGUCCAAGUUCGAGGUUCACGCAAAAGCAACCCUUCCUUGUCAUCAGUGGAUUCUCCAGAUUCACUCUCCCCACUACGAAGCCCUAGGCCAUUCGAUGCUCCAGUCAGCCUUCCAGCUCCUACGGCAGACAUGCGUGACAGUCGCGACGCCAAUACGAUCCCAUUUUACGACCGUGACGAUGCUCUACCUGUUUCAAAUCUCGUUUCUCAUCUAUGCGAUUUGUUCUUUGCACACCUUGGCUGCAAUUUUCCUUUCCUCCAGCGGGAGCGCUUUCUGCACGAUCUCAAGGACAAGAAGGUCGAUACUAUGUUGGUGGAUGCGGUCUGUUCUCUGGCAGCCAGGUUCUCCCCCCACCCGAUACUCGGUCCUCCUCAAGCGCCGCCUAUUGAUCGCUCACAACCGCCUGCUGAUAUCAACCUGUGGGACCGUGGGUUGCCAUUUGCCCACCGCGCGAUGAGUACGCUUGUCGAUUCACUAUCAUGCCCAACUCUAUCUGCGGUUCAGGCCUGCCUUUUGUUGGCGUAUGAGCAGUUCGGAUCCAACCAUGAUAGCGGACUCUGGAUGUACCUCGGUAUAUCCAUUCGCAUGGCACAAGAUCUCGGCCUGCAAAAACUGCAGGGUUUGAAGCACAACUAUGGCCAAAAAGGCGUGACGCCGAGUGAAGUUAUGACCGGACAAGCUGGAAAGCUUCGAGAGGAUCAGUACGAUGAUCUAGAUAUGUACCAGAGCCCCAAAACGAUUCCGCCUGUAAUUGAUACUGAGCGCGCUCGAGAGCGUGAGCGAGUCGAUUCGUUCUGGAGCAUCUUCUUUCUCGACCGUGUCAUUUCUUCGGGGACAGGUCGGCCCGUUACGCUACGCGAUGAAGAUAUUGAGCUUUGCUUCCCCCUUCAAUCUGAGUCACAACUGCCAAAUGGUUGGCCCGCACCGUUCCCGCCUCUUAUUCGGAUCAUUCAUCUUUAUGGAAGAGUGACCGACCUGAUCAAUGGCAUCCAAGACGUCAAUCACGUCACGUCGGACACACUCAAGAGAUUGGCUGGCAUGGAAAGCGAUCUGACUGGCAUCUACCAGCGGCUGUCGCCCAAGCUUUAUUUCAACGCGGCUAACUUCCAGGCGUAUGUGAAGGCUAAAGAAGGGACCAACUUCAUACUCCUACACUUUUGGUUUCAUACUCUCAUCGUGCUUCUCCAUCAGCCCACUCUUCUAAACUCCUUCGGUGGCACAAUACAGCAUCUUUAUCCCAACAGCCGUGAACUUUCGAUGUCCUCUGCCAAGACAAUCGCUGAUAUUCUCUCAUUCUCGGAACUAGUCGAUGGGAAGAGCUUCAUCGGUAAUCCGUUCACCAGUCAACCGAUGUACAUCGCAGCAUGUGCGUUUUUGAUGGAGAGCACAUACUAUUCGUCACCAUCGUCAAGAUCCGCUUCGCCUCCGCCCCAACCGUUGUUAGCCAGCCAAUCUAGUGGUUUCGUGAUGCCUACGAUGGAGUCGUCAAAUGACCCUGAACGAAAGUCUACUGCUAAGCAUAUUCUUCUUGCCUCUGCUGCCAAAGAGAACUAUCAGCGCUGCUACAAGGCGCUAAAGGCGCUGGACGCGUAUUGGGAGGGCACAAGGUACAUCUUAACAGUUUUGGACCAGAAGGCCAAGGGAAUUGUCGAUCCGCUUCUUUAUACUGCCGAGGACAUGGAAAACACAGCAGAGCUCUCUCCAGUGCAAACAUUUGGGUCUGCCGGUUGGCAUGGAGGCAACCCUGCGGAUCCAGCGCAGGGCACCGGAAGAACUCCGGGAGAGGCGGACAUCCCGCCCGAUGGAAAGUGGUCUCCAAAGAUUGACCCCAGUCAAGCUAUCGGAUGGGCCCUCACUGGAGCCACCAACUCUUCGCAACCCAACCUGAGCUUACUUUAUCAAAUGCCUUCGACCCAGACCGACGCGCUUCCCACAAAACCUUCUCAUCCAUCGCAGUAUAGCCAUAGCUACCCAUCUAUGCCGGUCCCAACGAACACGGCACAGGGCUCAAGCUCUUCCUUCCCCCAGACCGGUACCCCAACCCGCACGCACGAUGAAAGCAGGGCAUCCUCUCUCGCCGCAGUCAAUCCGAAAUUCUCUCAGGUUACAGCCCGACAAAUCGGUUCUGAUUCUCCUUAUUUCCUGGGGAUGAACUCUCCGUACUCCGGGUCGAGCGCCCGCGCAUCGGCAGCAGCAGCUCAAUCGACCUACAAUGGCCUUUCGGCUGCUCAACCCCCUCCAUAUACCUACUCGGUAUCAUCUACAGCGGAUCAUCAUGCAAGCAGCGCUCACUUGGGCCCUAGGGCCGGUCAUCUGCAUCCCAGCAUGAAUUUCAACACUGGUGGCGUGAUGAUCGAGAGCCACGAUGUCGACAUGAAUACCCUGCAACAGCAGGAAUCAUUUCCCUUCUCCAAUGGCGAGAUUCUCCCAUGGCUCGAAUACCUGCCUCAAGACGUUCUCAGCUUCUUUGGGGAGAACCAGAACUUCCCCAUGAUGAGCCCGGACGAUACUACGCCCCGGCCCCCUCAGUAA